AACGAGUUUUAAGGUUAAGGGUACGGUAUGGCUGCAGAAUGCAGUUGCACAAAAAGCGAUUGGCCGAGCGGAGCACUAUGGAUAUAGCGAUGAUUCGUCCACUCGUUAGGGCUCUUUCGUCGACCAAAAUGGUUCCCCCCUCGAGCAAAGGGAGUCUGUACGAGUUUCAGAAAUUGCCGUACCAUCCUGCAACUCCCAUAAGAAGAAAAUCGAUUUUGGAAUCAGCGUGGAUAACCGUUAAGCGAUUGUUCUAUAUUGGAGAGUUCUUCGUCAAGAGCAUCCCGAUCUGGAUCGGACUUUUUUGGAAAUGGGUGAAUCCACCUCCUCCGAAGAGUAUCGCUGGAUGGAACGCACUGGUCACUGGAGGCUCAAACGGAAUUGGACGAGCGAUAUGCUUUGAACUGGCCAAGAUCGGUUGCAAUGUGAUCAUAGCCGAUACCGAUUUUGAAAAUGGUGAAAAGGUUGUCCAGGAACUGCUCAAGCAUCGCGUCAAGGCUGGUUUCUAUAAGGUGGACGUUGCCAAUUACGAAGAAAUUGUUGAACUGGAACAAAAAAUUGUAUUGGAUUUCGGUCAUGUGGAUAUCCUGGUCAACAACGCUGGUGCUCUCCCGGUUCUGGUCCCGGACGAAUACACCCCAGAAAACAUUCGAAGAAUGAUGGACGUGAAUGUGUUGAGUCACUUUUGGACCAUUAAUGUGUUCUUGCCCGGGAUGUAUCGUCGAAAGAAGGGUCAUAUCGUGGCACUGGCUUCCCAAAUCGCAUACACUCCCACCGGAUACGCCCGAAGCUAUGCCACCAGUAAAUACGCGGUCCGAGGAUUCAUGGAAGAUCUGCACGAUGAAAUCUUCCAUGCCGGGUUCGAGGAUCAAGUCGUUACGACCACCGUGUUUCCGGUACCGGUCAACACCCGGAAAGAAUUUGUGGAUUCUAUUUUACAUUUGCCUGGUUUCGAAAAUUCGUUGAUACACAGCAUAGAAUACGUGGGAAGGUCAAUAGUACAAGGAAUUACCCGCAAUCAGCGGAAAAUGUUUGUACCAAACGCUAUCAAGACCUGGCAGUUGGCUCCUUUUGAAGAUCUUCCCAGAAAAAUCUCCCGGCUCUUGGUGCGAGAGCUGUUGUACGAUUGAUGGCUGAACUGUACCAUGACCUUGCUGGAACAUCGGAUUUGGUCUAUUUUACUCAAAUUUGAUUUGUUACAGAUUAACGUCGUAAGGAUAUGUGAUGUUUGCAAUGACUCCAAUCAUUAUUCGAAAUUAAAUUCCGCAGAAUUGGUAAAAUAAAAAAUAAAAUAUAUAUACAGUCAACUCUCCAUAACUGGAUAUUCAAAG